AUGGAGAAAAAUUCCGUGGAAUUGGGAUGGUGGACCAAUCCGAAUUUAUUCACAGGUUGCUCGCACAGGUACAUGGUACUCGAAAUCAAACAUUUUGUAAAUUAUGUUCACCCUUUUGCAUUAAUAAAUUAACCUUUUCGCAGGUAACGGUACACGUACCUUCUUGCAAGCUAAAUCCACCAUUUUUCACGAAGCCAAAAAUUUGUUGCCUUAAGCCGUUGUAAUAAAAAUAAAAUCCGAUGUAAAGAUAUUAUUCCAUAAGGAAUGAAAAUUUUAUUGCACGUUAAACAACCAAGAAUAACGUAAAAUGACACGAAAUUAACAUAAAAUAUUUAUUUAACGUAUUUAAAAGUACUUGUAUAAAAGUGUGUAGAUCCAUUCACAUAUGUUCAUAUAAUAAUUAUGACAAUCUGUGAGAGUGAUAGUUGCAACAGGAUGAUUAACAACAUCUAUCAAAUGUCCAUGGUUUGAAGGAUCAAAAUAUUUCUUGCGUGGAAUUCAACAUUUGAAAAAGUAAUUCAUAGUGGUGGAAAUAUAAAUAAGGCGCGCCUUGUAAAAAUAAAUAAAUUACGCACUUCCUGAAUUUCGUAAAGGCCGAGGGCUGGCUCGCAUAAAUAAAACCACAAAAGUGACUUCACUUUUCUAUCACCCACCGAAGGUGAAUUUGAUUUUCAAAAGGGUUAAUUAAAAGGGUUACAAAUUCUUUGUUCAUGUAAAUAAAGUAUUCAGCUUCUAAUGAUAUUUUCUGAAAAGGAAAAACGAAGAAAAUAAAAAGAAACGUAAGAUAUACCCUCUGUUGCUGAAAAUCACAGUGAAAGGGAAAAUGCUGAUUCAAUUCAAAUAAUUAAUUAGACAAUCUCCGAUCGUCUCACUUUGGAAUAUCGUGGAAAACGAACGAUCCGGAAACACACGGAGCUUUCCCCUGUUUCAAAAACACGACAAAGGCAGAGGUGCUCUUUGCCCCAACGAAACGAAAGUUUUAUGGAGGACGAAUUGGUACCAAUCGUACCCAACCAAUUCCAGUUUUAUUUACAGCUGAAAACCCUUACGUUGCUUCGUGGAGUAAAGAUUCAAAGGUGAGAGAACGCAGCGCUCGCAGCGUUCCCAUGGGACAAUCGCGAGCAUCGCGCUCCUCGCUAAGCGCCGGCACGCCAGACAGCUUAAGCGACAACGAAAGUUCCUUCAAGCUUGGUUCCGCCAGAAAAACGAGUACACCUUACAGAAGCUCCGUGACACCGGGUGGUAGUCGACCAUCGAGUAGGCCAACUUCGAGACCGACGUCCAGACCAACAAGUAGACCCGGAAGUAGGCCUGCAUCCAGACAAGGAAGCAAACCACCGAGCCGUUACGGUUCUACGCAGUCGUUAGAUAGCACUGAUUGAAAGUACACCUAAAAUACUUUUACGCAUUCGAUUAAUAGUCCAAUCUCCACUAGUGACUAUUGUUUACACGCGACGAGACAUGCUUUCCAUCAACUUUUCAGCAUACGAGAAGCAAAAUCUCCAUAUUUCUCGAAUACGCCGUAAUAUGUACUUUGAUCACAGUUCAAAACGAUUCGAUCAAUGUGAGCCGUAUUCCACGUAGAACCGCGAUAAGCACGACAGGGAAUACUCCCUCAUCCAGUAGACACAAUAGCGUUUCAGGGAAGCGUUUGUCUGUGAACGGUUCGAGUUCACGGCCACGAACACCUACCGGCUUGGUUAGUCCUGCCAGUGGUGUUCCAGCAAGCCGCUCAAGGAUUCCCGUGUAUGUGGGCACAGAUAUAAAAUCCCCACAAUCGACGACCAGCAAUAUUUCUACUCAUUCUACGCAAAGCAACUAUUCGACGGUUUCUACCGAUUCCACCGGAACAAGGACACCGUCCAGCGGGUCGAGCACUCCACUGCCGCCAUCCUUGAAGCUAUCUAGGAAACCUUCCGGAGCAUCGGACACGUCCGUGUCGACGACACCAGCCAGCAAACGAAAAGGCAAACCAACACCGAUCGACCAACGGGCGCCAUUCCGAUUGUAG